AUGUCGCAUACAAUUUUACUCGUUCAGCCGGGCCCGAGGCCUGAGACCAGAACUUAUUCAGAUUAUGAAAGCGUCAAUGAUUGUAUGGAGGGAGUCUGUAAAAUAUACGAAGAGCAUUUGAAGAGAAGAAACCCUAACACGCCUACAAUUACUUACGAUAUUUCUCAAUUGUUUGACUUUGUUGAUCAGCUGGCGGAUCUAAGUUGCCUUGUAUACCAGAAAUCUACGAACACCUACGCUCCAUACAACAAGGAUUGGAUUAAAGAGAAAAUAUACGUAUUGCUACGCCAAGCUGCUGGACAGAGUGAC